AACAGCUCUUCAUCGCCUGGAACGUGGCAAUGCGGCUUCUGGUCACACAAGACGACUCUUGCCUCUGUUAUGCCAGGAGAUCCAGACGACAGCGCCGAAGACCGCGCCGAAGAGGCAGGAGCAGCGAAGCUCUGGUCUGUGUAUGUCGAUGAAGCAGAGCGCUACGACAAAUCGCUUGUCGCGAGUUGGAAGAGUGAUAUGGACGGCAUGUUAAUAUUCGCCGGGCUAUUCUCUGCGAGUCUAACCGCGUUCCUCAUAGAGAGUUACAAGACGCUAGUCCAAGAUCCCGGGGAUGCGACUGUUCAACUUUUACAGCAGAUACUAGCAGUGUCCUCCAGCAAUUCUACGCUUGCACCCCACACUUCCGAGCCAUUCAAACCGACCACCUCGUCUCUUGUCUGCAACGCGUUGUGGUUCAUCAGUCUGGGAUUGAGUCUUUCUUGUGCGCUCAUUGCCACGUUGCUGGAGCAGUGGGCUCGCGAUUUUCUGCAUCGUGCCAACAUGCGAUCAUCACCUGGACAGCGGGCGAGAAUUUACUCGUAUCUGUACUAUGGCUUGAGACGGUUCAAAAUGCACGCGGUGGUGGAAAUUAUACCGUCGCUACUCCAUGCUGCGCUGCUAUUCUUCUUUUGUGGCUUGGUUGUCUUUCUUGUCCCUGUGAACAAAAUCAUUGCAGCCCUUGUUGCUGGCAUUCUACUCCUCGUUGUCUCCUUCUAUGUGUUGCUCACCAUUAUGCCGUUGAUCUGCUCCGAUUCUCCAUAUCGGACACCACUUUCAAAUGCAGUCUGGAGAAUGUACCAGUUUUGUUCCCAGUUGUUGCACCGGGCAUCCAACCCGGUGUCAAUCCACAUUGCUCAAACAACACUUGUCGACAACAUGAUUGAAGAAGCUAUUACUCCAUCAGACGAUCGGCACAAACGCGAUGUUUCUGCCCUUUUCUGGACUGUUGACUCUUUAUCAGACCACAAUGAACUGCAGAAAUUUGUCGAGGCCAUUCCGGAUGCUAUGUGGGGGCCAUAUAAGCAACACCAUCGAAAUGUCGCGGCAAUGACUGCCUUACGUGACUCGGUAGAGGUCAACUUAGUAUUCAGGAUUGGUGAGCUCUGGCGUAGCUGUGAUGAUGGCUUGCUGUCCAAUGAAGCGGCUGAGCGACGCGGAGCCGUGUGCCUGAGGGCAUUCUGGGCUCUGUAUACCAUUCCCACUCAGUUCAAGUUCUCGAAUCCAUAUACACUUCCUCCCAUCUUGCUGCACUUUCCAUGGCGCACUGGUCGGUUUACCACUUCAAGUUCGGAUUCGUCGAUUUACGUCUCCAUGUGGGCAGUGGCAGGUUGGAGCGGCCUCGCGUGGUUGCGACAGUACCUUGACCAGUACUUGGAUCCCAGUACCAUCGCGGUGGCGGAGUCGCCCUCAUAUCGCUGGGUAGACACGCUAAGGAUUAUCCGGCCUGCAGAGCUGCAGUCGACACGGAACUUGAAUAAUAUUAUAUUGCAGCCUACUGCACAAACACUGGCAGCGAUUCCUGACGUAACCGACGACAAGCUCCUCGAGGAAGUCGAGGCUGCGAUGGAUUUUGUUUGUCUCCAGUCUUCUCCUGGUCCUCUGUCUCACGACGCGAUAAUUGAGCUCUGUUAUCUUUGGCGACCACAACAAGCGAGACGCAUCCCCGCUGGCCUCAUCAGCUAUAUCAAGCACCAUGGCAUUGAGCCAGACACACUGCUUCCGCACAAUGGCUCUGCAUUGGGGUACGGCCCAGUAUACUUGCUUCUUCGCCGCACUGCGGUCUCCCAGUAUUUCUGGCGCUGUUUCCCAGCGACCAUUAAUGUUACGUUUGAUGAAUCCGCCGCCCUCGAGGACACGCUUGCGGCGUUCUGGGUGGUCGCCGAGGCAACAACAACAACCACUCCAUUUGGAGAACCCAUCACGACACCAUCAACCAACGAGUUCGAUGCGGUUGUCCAGGCUCUGACGCUUGCGCCCAGCCGAGCUCCGGAGCCGGUCCCCGACCACACCUCCGCUCGAGCAGCUACGCCACACGUGCACGCCCUCGCGGCCCCACACUCCUCCGUUGUUUGCCGCCCUUCUGCUGCUUUUGGCUCGACCGCGAUCUUGGCGGGGUACGCCUUCGCGGCGUCGCCGCACGGCCGCAUAAAGCGCUGCACCACCGCGCCAGCGCCUUCUCUGGAGUGCAAACACGAGUGA